UUACAUCACUCCGGUGUAGACCCGGCAACUUCCACUAGAAAACCGAUAGAACCCCUGCAUCUUUCCGACUUCUAGAAGGCUUGAUCCGCGGCUAUCGAAUUACUUGCAGUUGCACAUGAUGGCAUCCACUUAUCGAUCCUUCUAGAGAAUUUCGCGCAUCUACUUAGGUACCUCGGAUAAGAUUUUUGUGACCCGGUCCCAAGAUCUGUUCGACUGUUCGUGAAAGUUAAAUUCGCCUCUUGCGAUAGUUGUCUGUCGUCGGUUGUUGGAUCGUGCUUGUAGUGCUGCGCUGCGCUAUCGGCCUUAAAGAGUCGGCUCCCCGUCAAACGGGUCCUUAGAAAAGGCCUAUCUUUGGCCUAAUCUACCUGAGAAUUAUCAAGAUGUUGGAGGGCCAUCAGACAAGUGGAAAUGAGUUGACGGCAGCGAGGAAAAAUACCGAAAAGGUAGUUGGGCAAGCAGAUGUCUCUGAGCCGAAGGGCCGCGCUUUGAUGGGAACCUUUCGACGCAUCGUAUCCGAUUUCGUCGAGGCCAGUCCGGUCGAAGAGCGAGGAGUCUUACCGGUGGCAUUGGAAGACCGCACUGCUACUAACUACUUUAGUUACUUUUGGAUAUGGGCCAGCAUGAAUAUCAACCUCCUACCCAUCACAUUCGGUAUGCUUGGUCCGGGAUAUGGCCUGGGUCUAAGGGAUUGUGCUCUGGUCAUCAUAUUCUUCUGCCUCUUAACCGCCGCCAUACCAGCUUAUCUUGGUACUUUGGGUCCUAAGACUGGUCUGCGACAGAUGAUCCAGGCUCGCUUCUCCUUUGGCAGAUACCUUGUCUCCGUACCAGUUAUCUUAAACCUGGCCACCCUGACAGGAUUCUGUGUCGUCACCUGCGUCAUCGGAGGCCAAUGCUUGUCAGCCGUCGCCGGUGGUUCUCUUACCCCGGCAGUAGGGAUAGUCAUUAUGGGUGUGCUAGCUCUGCUCAUCUCCUUUUGUGGAUACGAUGUGCUGCAUCAGUACGAGCGCUUCGCCUGGAUUCCGGCCUUGAUAGCUAUCAUCAUCGCUACUGGAUGCGGAGGUUCGGGUCUCACAAAGCAGGCACCAACGGAGCCUGCUACAGCAGGUGGUGUCCUAAGUUUUGGCAUGAUCAUGGCAUCCUACAUGAUUCCAUAUGCGUGCCUUGCUUCAGAUUUCACGACAUACCUGAACCCCAAGUUCUCAUCUUUGAGAUUGUUCUUGUAUGGCUUUACGGGCCUCGUGAUCCCGUCGAUAUUGCUGAUGAUUCUGGGUGCCGCGAUUGCAGGGGCUAUAAGUAGUAACCCCGAGUGGCAGGAUGGCUACGACACGACACAAGUCGGCGGCGUGUUAGCUGCGAUGCUGUCGCGCGCCGGCGGCUUUGGCAAGUUUGUUGUUGUGGUACUUUCUUUAACCUUACUUGGAAACUUCGCAGCGACGAUGUACUCGAUCACGUUGAACUUCCAAAUCUUGAUACCACAGCUAGUCGUGAUACCACGCUACAUGUUCUCGGUCGUGGUCGCCGCUAUCGUCAUACCGGUGAGCGUCAAAGCGGCCGAAGCAUUCUUCUCUAACCUCGAGAAUUUCGUCUCGCUGAUCGGCUACUGGUCUGCCGCCUUCGUGGCGGUGCUCAUCAUUGAACACAACGUCUUUAGAAGUGGCCGGUACGAUACGUACGACCAGGACAGUUGGAACGUGGCAUCCCGGCUGCCGUGGGGAGUUGCCGCUCUGGCAGCGAGCGCGCUUAGCUUCGCGUUGGUUAUCCCUAGCAUGUCGCAAGUGUGGUUCGAGGGCCCAAUUGCUAAGAAGUCUGGCGACAUUGGAUUUGAGAUGGCGUUUGCCGUGACGGCGGUUCUCUACAUCCCUUUUCGAUUUUUGGAAAAGAGGCUUAGCGGGCGGUAGAGAUAGACUUGGCUAGGUUAGACGAUUGGAUUCUGCUAAUACAAUAAAAUGUGAAUACGGCCAUGGAUAUGACUUUUGAGAUUGUGUGAAACGGAUCUAGGUCCUAGAGCUCAGUAUUUCAUAGGAGAAACCGGAGUUAAUACAUCUGCUUCUCGGCCAAGUUUGAAUACCCAGUACAUGAGCCCUCUGUUCUUGUCAGGACCAAUACUCAAGCAUCCAAAGAGACAUCAAUGAGUUUUUCAUGAGAUAAACCAAUCUUUAUUUAGACAGAUUUAGGCAGCCCUUGAAU